UUAACUAACAUUAUCGAAUUAUCAUUACAGGACGAGAAAAACCAGUUGCUCAUCACGAACCUUUGGCUGAAAUUGGAAUGGAACGAUGUGAACAUGAGAUGGAAUGCGUCGGAUUACGGAGGCGUAAGAGAUCUUAGAAUACCGCCGCAUCGACUGUGGAAACCUGAUGUCCUUAUGUACAACAGCGCCGACGAGGGCUUCGACGGCACUUAUCCGACGAACGUCGUCGUAAAGAACAAUGGGACUUGCUUGUACGUGCCGCCCGGUAUAUUCAAGAGCACUUGCAAGAUAGACAUUACCUGGUUUCCCUUUGACGAUCAGCGUUGCGAGAUGAAAUUCGGCUCCUGGACAUACGACGGUUUUCAGUUGGAUCUGCAGCUGCAGGACGAGUCCGGGGGUGACAUCAGCAGUUUCAUCACUAACGGCGAGUGGGAUCUAUUGGGGGUGCCUGGUAAGAGGAAUGUAAUUUACUACAAUUGCUGCCCAGAACCAUACAUUGACAUCACCUUUGUCGUCAUCAUCCGGAGACGCACACUUUACUAUUUCUUCAACUUGAUCGUGCCGUGCGUCCUGAUUGCCAGCAUGGCCGUCCUUGGAUUCACCCUGCCGCCCGAUUCUGGCGAGAAACUGUCUCUCGGUGUAACCAUUCUCCUGUCCCUCACUGUGUUCCUGAAUAUGGUCGCCGAGACAAUGCCAGCGACGUCCGAUGCUGUGCCGCUUUUAGGGACAUACUUUAACUGCAUCAUGUUUAUGGUAGCCAGCAGCGUAGUCAGUACAAUUCUCAUCUUGAAUUAUCAUCAUCGAAAUUCUGACACUCACGAAAUGUCUCAAUGGGUCAAGGUAGUUUUCCUGACUUGGUUGCCCAAAAUACUCCGAAUGUCAAGGCCAGGACAAGAAGAGGACAAGGAAAUACAAAAGUCUCAGAGACCAUCUCCAGUCACAGGUGCGAGCAAGUCAUAUGGUGACCUAGAACUCCACCAGAGGAGUAGCAGGUCGUUACUGGCGAACGUUCUGGAUCUGGACGACAACGCGUUGCCGUCUCACAACAAUCUGCUGAACAACGUGUACAGCACACCCGGACCGCAUCAAGCUCAUCCGAUGGGCCACAGCUGCAGUCACAUACACACGACGCCCCAUCACCAUCAUAGCCGCGCGCCCACGACUCCGCACCAUCAGCACGCGACGCCGUUGCCGCACUCGCCGUAUCCUCCUCCCGCCCAUGGAAUCUCGCAAACGCCACAUCAUCAUCCAAUUCCACCGAACGCGUCAACGCAGCCGGUCGAGAUAGUCCAGAACACGAGCUUCUGGGACGCGCGUUAUGAGCUCGUGCUAAUAUUGAAAGAGAUUAAGAUAAUAACGGAUCAACUGAAGAGCGGAGAUGAGAACACGAAGAUCUCGAACGACUGGAAGUUCGCGGCGAUGGUGAUCGAUAGAAUGUGCCUAAUCAUUUUUACUCUGUUCACCAUCAUCGCUACCAUCACCGUCCUGAUGUCGGCGCCGCAUAUUAUCGUCACGUGAUUCAGAAAAGCCAGUCUGCCGGCGGUAGUGCCGGGACCGACGUGGAUUGCGCGCCGGUCGCCGUCGACGUCCUUAUCGUUAGCCGGACUCCGCCGGACCGGGCUCGAGGUUGCACGUCUUCGGGUUCGCAUGCCGCUUCGUUUUGGUGAUCUGCGCGUUAGGAAGAAAGCAAUACGGGGAGUAACUUUGUUUUUCUUUAUAAUAUAUACAUAACAAUACCAAUAAAAAAAAGGGAUAAAAAUAAUAACGCUAUCGAUAAUGAGAUAAACGAUAAUAGUACUAAUAUUAAUUACGUAAUAGUUACGGUAAAUUUUAUCGUAAAAUUAUUAUUCUGCGUGAGGAGAAAAGCCUUAGCGAAAAACACAUACACAGUUUUUAGACGGCGCGGAAAAUCGCGCGAAUUAGCGAAGAACGAGAAACACGUGUAUAUAUAUAUAUAUAUAUAUACAUAUAUAUGUAUACAUAUAUUAUACACUUGGUUUUUGUUGUAACUUUGUUACACGCAUCCCUAAAAGCAGUCGACAUGACGAAACACCACUUUAUAUAAAUGAAAAUGACUGCUGACAUUCUCGCGAACGAAUUAGUGAAUGGUCUUGUAAGAAAGUUCAGUUUUCACACACGAGUAAUGCAGAUCGAAUUGAGAAAAGCGUAUUUCGACUCUGUCCUCUGCGACUGCUUAGGGAUGUGACGCACACAUACGUACACACACACACACACACACACGCGCGCACGCGUACACACAUGCACAUUAUGCGAGCAAUGAUACAUACACACACACAGAAGCGUAAUUUUGCGCAGUGAAUUUUAAAAAUAUCCAAAAUUAAUCUCAUAUAGAAACCUCCGAAUAUAUAUAUAUAUAUAUGUAUAUGUAUAUGUAUAUAUAUAUAUAUGCAGGAAUAUUAUUGUUAGGAGUAAAAGACUAUUAUGUGAUGACUGGCAGUCCAAAUAAGUCUUGCAAUAUUUUUACGAAUUUGCAUUAAGAUGUAUACCUAUAUAUAUGUAUGUAUAUGUAUAUAUGUAUGUAUAU